UGGUAUAAGCUACUUCUCAUUCGCUUUUCAUUUAUUCGUUUCAAUGUCAUCUCCGUUGAAUACCCCUCCCUAAACCCCCUCUCAUUUUUCUGUUUGUUUCUCGAGAAAAAGAGACAGAAAAUCCAAUCCAAUCAUUUUGUCUUCUUUUCGGCGAUGGAUUCCGGCGGCAAGGCGAAGAAAGGCGCGGCCGGUAGAAGGGGCGGCGGUCCUAAGAAGAAGCCGGUCUCUCGGUCUGUCAAAGCCGGCCUGCAGUUUCCGGUCGGCAGAAUCGGCCGCUACCUGAAGAACGGCCGCUACUCUCAGCGAGUCGGAACCGGCGCUCCGGUUUACCUCGCCGCCGUGCUCGAGUACCUGGCUGCAGAGGUUUUGGAAUUGGCUGGGAAUGCUGCGAGAGACAACAAGAAGAACAGGAUUAUCCCAAGGCACGUGCUUUUGGCAGUGAGGAACGACGAGGAGCUCGGUAAGCUUCUUGCCGGAGUGACGAUUGCUCAUGGCGGGGUGCUUCCGAACAUCAACCCAGUUCUUCUUCCAAAGAAAUCAGAGAGGGCAGCAGCAGGGAAGGAACCCAAGUCCCCAUCCAAGGGCACCAAGUCCCCCAAGAAGGCCUAACUUCUCGUAUGCCCCACUUGAAUUCUCAUUUUGUACCUAAUUUUCUUAGCUGUAAUCUUCAUGCUUAGGACCACUUCUCUCUGUUUGUGCCUUUACAUUGUAGGACUGUUCUCACAACUCACAGCUCAGUUGAAUUAUGAUGUAAGAUUUAUAACCCUUUUCUGAAUCUUCACAUCUUCUACAACUCA